AAGUGAGCCCUUAUAAGAGCCAACACAAGCUUCUCUGGAUACAAGACAUUUCCUCCAAGGACUUGACGAAAUACUGAAUGUGAACAGUGAGUCAGUUGAGGGUAGCAGCAGCAACCAUGAGAUUUCAAGUUCUCUUCUUCCUUCUGCUCCUCACCUGCAUGUACCUGAGUCUGGCACAAGGCUCGUUUGGUAACUGUUGCCUGGGACAUGUCCAGUCAAUGAAGGAUAAGGCAAAGAGAAACAUCGAAAGUUACAGGAUGCAGGAAGUAGAUGGCGAUUGCAACAUCCGCGCUGUUGUGUUCCUUAUGAAGAAGAAGGCCUCACAUCUUAAACAGCGGACCAUCUGCACCAAUCCGCAUGACCUUUGGGUCCAGGAUCUGAUCCGGGCUGUGGAUAAGCGAAUUUCCAAAUGAACAUAUAAAAGAAAAAGCAAUGGAUGGUAAAAGAAAAGAAGAAACCGGGAGAAAGGAGAGCAACUGUUUCACCUCCUUGUCGGGCAUCAUAUUUCACGCUGGACCACAUGGAUUGUAUUUUCGUAGAUUAGGUAUUUCCUGUUUCUGACAGACAAUGUUUCACAUAUAAUCAGUUAACUACUCAAACAUACCAUAUGGCCAGAAAGUAUAGCCAGUCUUGCAAAAUUCAUUUAUAUGAGCCAUUGCUUUUGAUACUGUUCACUCUUCAAGUAGAACCUGCUAGUAAUGAGCCACUAUAAGGCAGCUUUGAAAUGUAUUUCAAGUGUGCGUGCGUGCGUGUGCGUGCAUGUGUGUUUGGAGUUUUUUUACAGAAGUUUUUCACAUAUUUUUGUAUUCACACUGUAACUGCAUUUUGAGUCUCUCUCUAUCAAAUAAAGAAAGCAGCAAUUAAAACAAAGGCUCCUCUGUGAUACUAGAUCAUCUGAUGAUCUAGUAUCUAUCACUAAUGUUCCAAAUGACGCUGUUUUCACUUGUUUCAUUCCUGGUUUACUUUAGGUAGAAAAUGUAGCCGCACCAUUUCCCAAUGAGACAUUUUCAUUAGAUGUUACUGACAAAGAGCAGGUACAGCUGUGUUCCAGUAAUGAUUAAUUUUGUUUGGAUCAACUUGAGGCAUUAACUAACAACAAUGUUCAGUCAUCAGUUGGUCAACAAGCAGUUUUCAGUGUUUUCAUGAGAACAUUGGCUCAUAAGGAAAAAUGUGCAUGAUUUUCAUCUGUCCAGGCCAAAAUGACUCAAUUAAAGUUUAAUCCCACA